GGUGUUUAUUAAAUAUCUGUCAGUAAAUUAUUUGAAUUUUAUAUUUAAUAAAGAUUAAAAAUUAAAGCUGUUUUAAUGUUUGCGCAGUGCGUUUUUAAUAAUAGCAUUACUGGUAUUAUAAUUGAUUAUUAAUGCAAAACUUUUUCUCAUUGUGAAAGUAAUUUGACUUUUUCUGGCACCAAUGUUAGUGGGUAGGACUUGAAGAAGGUGAUAUAAUUUCUACACAGUACAAUGAUACUGGAUGUGCAUCAUGGCAAACCAUUCCACAAGUUUACAGUGAAUCAGAAAAAGUUUUCAACCAAAGAAUGUCUGUAUUUGGUUUUCCAAACCUCAAAUCUAUGUUUGUGGUACAUAACUAUACCAUGCAUUUCUACCUUCUCGAAGAAACUUGAUUGCACUUGAAGAGGAACUAUCAACCAUUGUUCAUAUUCAACUCAUCACCAUUCCCGAAACACACUAAUGCUACUUAGGUGUAGUAUGUCAAAAUCACAUAAUUGAAUUACAGUUAAUAAAUAAUCAUCCACUGUCUACUACUACAUAUAAUACCCUUAAAUUUCUAUCCGGCGAUUACAAACAAAAGAAAGUAUUAUCUACAUAAAAUUUACAUGUAAUAUACAUUUCUAAAAUAACAGAAUAUGCCUUGUGAAACAAGAUGAAGAAGUCAUUACCAUUAAGAAAGGUAGGAACCAUUACAGAUCAAAUACACCCAGUAAUAUUUCUUAGAAUGUGAAUAAAAUGAUUUCAUUGACAAUAUUUUAGAGGGGUCUGAAUAGAUACCAAAUUAGCAAUCAUUCUGUUAAAUGUACUACUGAAAUGUUUAAUUGAUAAAUAACAGAAAGUGUACUAAUAACAGUAGUAAAAUUCAAAUAUAAUGUGAAUAGAUAAUGUAGACAUAAAUUGUGAUAAAUUUAAUGAUAAGAUUUCCCUAUUGUAUAUAUAAUGGUGUCUUUGGGAUACUUUCAAGCAGUCCUUUAGGAACACAUUGCAAGUUUAAGGAAAAGGGGCAUUGGUUUGGGUAUUUUAUACACAAAUUAUUAUCUUUAUAAAUUCAAGAUUGUUCAGGUAGUUCUUCUUAUUUCAUUCAUUGGGUGCAAGGUGCAACAAAAGUGCAAUCUGGAAAACCCAUUAAGAAGUGAUUUUGAUCCAAAAUUGUAAUCAAGGCAAAAAUUCAGAUUUUCAAACCAUUAAUAGUUAUGUUCCAGAGUCUCCUGUUUGGAUAUCUUUUGAGAUAUAACAAUACUGUUUGCUGUUAUUGAAGACAAUAAUCCCCUAAAAGUGUCGUGCAUAAGAUUUAAUGUGGUUUACUGAUGAAGACACAUUAUGACACCUUUUGAUAUAUAGUGCAUGUGAAUUAAAGGACUGUGUUAGCCUUAUAGGGGGACUGGUGUUGGUCUGUUUCCAACUCAUUUUCAUCACUUUUAGCACACAGGUUAAUGAGGAUAACAGAACAAAUAAUCUUAAGGAAAUCCUAAAUGUGGUAAAUAUGAAAAUUCCUUGCCAUUCCAUUUGCCUAUAAGUUAAGUGUUAAAAUCAAACUAAAUGUAGAUUGUGAAAUCCACAUACUCAUCUAACAGACAUAUAAAUUAAUUAAAACUAAUACCACAUCAGAAGACAAUUCACUUCACAAGUUUAUAAUUGUAACAAAGAAAGAAACUUACUAAAAAUUUAGUAUAGAUAUAGGCUUCCAGGUCUUAUAGUCAUCACUGUUGAUAUUUAAGCUUGCAUUUUCAACAUUUUAAUCUUAUUGGCCUCACCACCAUACAAAAAUAUAUACUUCACACUGUCAUUUUACACACUUGUGUUUCUCACUAAACAUUCCAUGUAAGUGAUACCAUCCUAAACUCAUACUGUGCCAUCAUGUAAAUGCCUACUUAUUUUCUGUAUGUUUUCAGAAAGACAGUCAGAAAAAUAUUCAGAAACCGCAACACAAUACGAUCACAAUUUGGAUAUACCAAAACACCUAAUGAAUGAUUGGAGAGGAAUAACACCAUUCACAGCAUUCCUUGUGAAUGUUGAUACCGGUACAUUGGAGAAACAAACAGACCAACUAAAGUUAUAAUUCAAGAGCAUAAUAGACUUACAAGACUUAGAAUGCAGAUUUAUCUGUAGUAGCCCAUCAUACUAGAGAAGAAUCCAUGCAAUAAAUUGGAAUAAUAUUGAAAUAAUAGGCAAUGAAUUACACACAAGAAAAAGAAAGAUAAAAAGAAAUCUUCUACAACAUCCACCUAACUAUUGAAAUACUCGGUCAGCCUAGCAUAGAAGUCGGCAAAAUCUGGAUAACUCCAAUGAAAACUUUCAAUUAUUUAGUUUAUUCAGACUUUAAUAAGGGAGGCCCUAGUUGAAUGGGUAACAUGCCAGACAUCCUGUCAAGAAGACCUAGAAUUGAACCCUGGCCAACUACCAAUACAGAAAAACAGGAUUUCUCUGAAGACUACAGCAAAUUAGCAGCUAAAAAAAAAUAGUGAAUUCCAUUUCUUGGAGUAUUUUACUCUUGCAUAACUGCUUAAAAUAACCAGAUGUAGGUCUUCAGUCAACCCUGUGUUUUAUUUUAUUUUAGACUUUUGAAAUCAAGGCCUCUUUUAAAGGAAUCAUGACAUGUUACUUGCAAAAUAGAAAUAACAGUGAACGAGGAGGUGAUGGAGAGAUUUGGACUGCUAUAUAUGAUUAUAAAGCUAUAGCAGAUGAUGAAUUAUCUCUCCACCAGGGUGAGACUGUUGUGGUGUUGUCAAAAGAUUCUAAAAUAUCAGGUGAUGAAGGUUGGUGGACAGGCAAAAUAGAGAAAAGGGUUGGAAUUUUUCCUUGUGAGUUUGUUACAAAGCCAAGCAAUAUUCAGAAUGUUCAACCACAAGGAAACCAUGAAAGACCUUUUGAAAUAGACUUUUCCAGUUUGUCUUUAGAAGAAGAGAUAGGAUCUGGUGGAUUCGGGAAAGUUUAUCGUGGGAUUUGGAGGAAACAGGAAGUUGCUGUAAAAGUUGCUCAUUUGAAUCCUGAUGAAGAUUUUAGUGUUACAAAAGAAAAUGUACGGAAAGAAGCAAAAAUAUAUUGGCUUUUAAACCAUUCUAACAUUGUUACUUUAAAAGGUGUCUGUCUGACAAAUUCAAACCCUUGUCUUGUUAUGGAAUAUGCUUGUGGUGGAUCACUAAAUCGUGUUCUUGUUGCUCAAAAACUUCCACCCCGAGUAAUUGUCAACUGGGCAUUGCAGAUAGCCAAAGGUAUGAACUACCUACAUCAUGAAGCUCCCAUAUCAUUGAUUCAUCGAGACCUUAAGUCUAAUAAUGUUCUGUUAAAUGAGCCAAUUAAGUGGGGUAAUCUUGAAAACAAAGUUCUGAAAAUUACUGACUUUGGCUUAGCUAGAGAAUUCAACAAAACUGUAGCCAUGUCUAGUGCUGGUACAUUUGCCUGGAUGGCCCCAGAAGCAAUCAACAGUAACAAAUUUUCUAAAGCCAGCGAUGUGUGGAGUUUUGGUGUACUGGUAUGGGAGCUUUUAACAGGAGAAGUGCCUUAUAGAGGUCUAGAGACAUGGUCUGUGAUCUAUGGAAUUGGUGCCAACAAGCUCAAACUACCCAUUCCAAAAACUUGCCCAGUUCCUUUCAAAAAACUCAUCAAUGAUUGCCACAUUCUUGAUCCUCAUCAACGUUUGACAUUCCCUGAAAUCAUUAAUCAGCUGAAAAACAUUUCAGUCUCAGAAUUCACAGAAACUCCUCAAGACUCCUUCAACACUCUUCAGCAAGAUUGGAAACAGGAGAUAGAGCAAAUGUUCAGAGAACAAUCAAGAAAGAAAAGAGAAUAGAGUAUAGGGAAGAAUGCAUUAGGAGACGUGUCAAAGAGUUAGAGGAGCGAGAACUGAGUGUAGUGGAGAUGGAAUUAAACAUUAUUUUAUUACAGCAACAACAAGAAAAACCAACACCUAAAAAACGAAAGGGAAACUUUAAGAAAUGGAAGCUUAAAAAUGGAAGUCAAGAAAUCAGUAGUCCAUCAAAUUUUAGGCAUAAAAUCACUGUAACAGCAGGACCAGAUGAAUUGGAGCAUGUCAAAGAAAUGAUCUCUGGCAGUAUUCCUUCAUCCCCAAGUCGACCUCGUCUAAGGGCAUAUGCUUUACAGGCUAAUGGGUUCAAGGGAAGGACAUGGGGCUCAGUUGUUGAUCAACAGAAGAAAAGUGAAAACCAAAGAGACACUUUCCUUACUAAUGAUUACUUAGAAAAUUCAGUGAUUUCUUCAACUGAACUAGGAAAGGCAAACUGUGGAUUCUGUGGAUCAACUGGGGAUGUUUGUGUUAUGGAUGAAACAUCCCAAGAAGAGGACAGUGCAAAGCAAUUUCCACUACAAUGUAGAGUUCAAGAAGGUGACAGUGAAAGUGUUGUUGCCAUGAACUGCACUCAAGGACUGUGGCUGCAGAUAAGUCAUCAUGUAUCAUCCUUGUUUGGAAAGAUUUCUAAGA